GCCAGUCGCCCUCGGCCCUGAGCCACUAGCAAGCCGGCUCACACUAGUGAGCUGCAGCCAGCCCACCCACCUAGGCUCCCUCCCGGGGCCUAGCUUUGCCGAGAGAGCUUCAGGAGCUUGACACAGAGCAGGCAGGGGCUCCGGGCUAGAGCGGGGGAGACCAUGGCCCGCCUCUUCAGUCCCCGGCCGCCUCCCAGCGAAGAUCUCUUCUACGAGACCUACUACAGCCUGAGCCAACAGUACCCACUGCUACUAUUGCUUCUGGUCAUCGUGCUCUGCACGCUGGUGGCACUGCCAGCCGUCGCCUGGGCCAGCGGCAGGGAGCUGACCUCAGACCCAAGCUUCCUGACAACUGUGCUGUGUGGUUUGGGCGGCUUCUCUCUGCUCUUGGGGCUGGCUUCCCGGGAGCAGCAACUGCAGCGCUGGACACGACCUCUUUCCGGCCUCAUAUGGGCUGCGUUGCUGGCGCUAGGCCAUGGAUUCCUGUUCACUGGGGGUGUGGUGAGCGCCUGGGACCAGGUGUCGUUUUUCCUCUUCCUCAUCUUCACCGUGUAUGCCAUGUUGCCCUUGGGCAUGCGGGAUGCGGCUGUUGCGGGCCUCACCUCAUCACUCUCACAUCUGCUGGUCCUUGGACUGUACCUUGGGUGGCAGCCUGACUCACAGAGGGCUCUGCUACCACAGUUGGCAGCAAACGCCGUGUUGUUCCUGUGUGGGAACGUGGUGGGAGCGUACCACAAGGCCCUGAUGGAGCGAGCACUGCGGGCCACAUUCCGGGAGGCUCUCAGCUCCCUGCACUCACGCCGGAGGUUGGACACGGAGAAGAAGCAUCAGGAGCACCUCCUCUUGUCCAUCCUUCCUGCCUACCUGGCCCAAGAGAUGAAAGCCGAGAUCAUGGCCCGGCUGCAGGCGGUGCAAGUGUCACGGCCAGAGAACAACUUCCACAGCCUGUAUGUCAAGAGGCACCAAGGAGUCAGCGUGCUGUAUGCCGACAUCGUGGGCUUCACGCGGUUAGCCAGCGAGUGCUCUCCUAAAGAGCUGGUGCUUAUGCUCAACGAGCUCUUCGGCAAGUUCGACCAAAUUGCCAAGGAGCACGAAUGCAUGCGGAUCAAGAUCCUGGGAGACUGUUACUACUGUGUCUCCGGGCUGCCACUCUCGCUGCCAGACCACGCCGUCAACUGCGUGCGCAUGGGCCUGGACAUGUGCCGGGCCAUCAGGAAAAUCCGGGUAGCCACCGGUGUGGACAUCAACAUGCGUGUGGGCGUGCACUCGGGCAGUGUGCUCUGUGGAGUCAUCGGGCUACAGAAGUGGCAGUAUGAUGUCUGGUCCCAUGACGUCACAUUGGCCAAUCACAUGGAAGCUGGCGGCGUGCCAGGACGAGUGCACAUCACAGGGGCUACCCUGGCUCUGCUGGCAGGGGCGUAUGCUGUGGAGAGUGCAGACAUGGAACACCGAGACCCAUACCUUCGGGAGCUAGGCGAACCUACAUACCUGGUCAUCGAUCCUCGGGCUGAGGAGGAAGAUGAGAAGGUCACUGCAAAAGGAUUACUGUCUUCUUUGGAGGGACACAAGAUGCGCCCGUCACUACUGAUGACUCGUUAUCUGGAGUCUUGGGGUGCAGCCAAGCCUUUCGCCCACCUAAGCCAUGUUGACAGCCCUCUAUCCACCUCCACUCCACUUCCGGAAAAGGCCUUUGGCACCCAGCGGAGCCUGGACCGGAGUCGUGCCCCUCGGGGACUAGAUGAUGAACUGGACACCGGGGACGCCAAGUUCUUCCAGGUCAUCGAGCAGCUCAACUCUCAGAAACAGUGGAAGCAGUCGAAGGACUUCAACCUCCUGACCCUGUACUUCAGAGAUCCGGAAAUGGAGAAGCAGGUGGGACGGAGAACAGAGCAACAAAAGAUUUCGCAGCCUUGGCUCUUGGCCCCGGGAAGGCUUAGGACUUCUCACCCUACCUGUCUUUCCCAGUAUCGGCUCUCUGCACUCCCUGCCUUCAAGUACUACACAGCCUGCACCUUCCUGGUGUUUCUAUGCAACUUCACUAUCCAAAUGCUGGUGACAAGCAGGCCCCCAGCUCUGGCCAUCACCUAUAGCAUCACCUUCCUCCUCUUCCUUCUCCUCCUCUUCGUCUGCUUCUCAGAGCACCUGACGAAGUGUGUCCAGAAAGGUCCCAAAAUGUUGCACUGGCUGCCUGCACUGUCUGUCCUGGUGGCCACACGGCCAGGACUUCGAGUAGCGCUGGGCACUGCCACCAUCCUCCUGGUGUUCACCAUGGCCAUCGCCAGCCUGCUCUUCUUGCCAGUGCCGUCAGACUGCCUUUUCCUGGCUUCCAAUGCAUCUUCCAUGGCUUCCAACGCUUCCUGGGAGCUGCCAGGAUCCCUGCCCCUCAUCAGCAUCCCGUACUCCAUGCAUUGCUGCGUGCUGGGUUUCCUCUCCUGCUCCGUUUUCCUGCACAUGAGCUUUGAACUGAAACUGCUGCUACUUCUGCUGUGGCUGGUGGCAUCUUCUUCCCUAUUUCUGCACUCCUACGCCUGGUUGUCCGACUGCCUCAUCGCCCAGCUUUAUCAAAGCCCUUUGGACUCCAGGCCAGGGGUACUGAAGGAACCCAAACUGAUGGGAGCUAUCUACUUCUUCAUCUUCUUCUUCACGCUUCUUGUCCUGGCUCGGCAGAAUGAGUAUUACUGCCGCCUGGACUUCCUGUGGAAGAAGAAGCUGAGGCGGGAGCGAGAGGAGACUGAGACAAUGGAGAACCUGACCCGGCUCCUCCUGGAGAAUGUACUCCCGGCACACGUGGCCCCCCAGUUCAUCGGCCAGAACCGGCGCAAUGAGGAUCUCUACCACCAGUCGUAUGAAUGCGUUUGUGUCCUCUUCGCAUCGGUCCCGGACUUUAAGGAAUUCUACUCUGAAUCCAACAUCAACCAUGAGGGCCUGGAGUGUCUGCGGCUGCUCAAUGAGAUAAUUGCUGAUUUUGAUGAGCUGCUCUCCAAGCCAAAGUUCAGUGGAGUGGAGAAGAUCAAAACUAUCGGCAGCACCUACAUGGCAGCCACAGGCUUGAACGCCACGUCUGGACAGGAUACACAACAGGACGUCGAUCGAAGUUGCAGCCAUCUGGGCACCAUGGUGGAAUUUGCAGUGGCCCUGGGGUCUAAGCUGGAUAUCAUCAACAAGCACUCAUUCAAUAACUUCCGCCUGCGUGUGGGGUUGAACCAUGGACCAGUAGUAGCAGGAGUGAUUGGGGCGCAGAAGCCACAAUAUGACAUCUGGGGGAACACAGUGAAUGUGGCCAGCCGCAUGGAGAGUACAGGAGUUCUUGGCAAGAUCCAAGUGACUGAGGAGACAGCUAGGGCCCUGCAAUCCCUGGGGUAUAUAUGCUACAGCCGGGGUGUCAUCAAGGUCAAAGGCAAAGGGCAACUCUGUACGUACUUCCUGAACACAGACCUGACAAGAACUGGAUCUCCCUCAGCACCCUAGGCACCUCAGCAACCCCUCCUUUAAGAUCUUCAAUAAAACGUUUCCUGGGCAUCUGAAAUCAGUCCAUGGAUCAGAAGCUGCUGAGGUAGCUGGAAAUCGCCUCCUUGCUCCUCAGUGGCACAGUUUCUUCCCGAACUGUCUUCCUAAACAUCUUGUUUACGGGAUUGGGCAUGGCUUCUGAGAGAUGGCAGGUACUGAUGCACAGAAUUCUGGAAGAUGGGAUUUGAUGCCUGAGUCCCCAGACUUCUUUGGGAGAUGAAAAGAUGGAAAACCUUCUCCCAGGACUCUCCUGAGAGGGUGUUAGGUUUACAUCAUCAAGGAUAUGUACCACCAACUUCUGGGAAGACAUUUCACAAGAACUGGUUUUCUUAGGAGGUGCCUUGAGUCAUGACUCUAGGGCCACACAACGAACCCCUUUAAUAUCUCCUUUAGGAGUCAGUAGUGUGUUUUUCUAAGUCGGAUCUGCAGGUCAUCUAUUUCCGAAUUAGGAAGGUAGAGAGCUCUAUCUGCCCAUGUGUUCCUUCCAAAACUGCAAACCACAGGGAACUGUUGAGAGGGACCCCACCAGAGUGGUCCCUUCUGGAAACCAAUAAACAUCCCCCAGUGCCCCAUAAUGUACACCUCAUUCACAGGCUUAAGCUUAUUUCAGACUUUAGUUUUAAUCGUAAAGCUGCCUGCAGAAGCCAGGCCAAAGCAUACA